AUGAAGGUAUUCACGCUCGCAGGAGCCGCAGCCCUGCUGGCGACUGCGACGGCCAGCCCCCUGGACGUCUCCAUCCGCGCCCUCCCCAAUGCCCCUGAUGGCUAUACGCCCACCGAGGUCUCGUGUCCCGCGACGCGGCCCAGCAUCCGCGGUGCAGGGUCACUCUCGCCGAACGAGACCUCCUGGCUCGACAUCCGGCGGGCCAACACCAUCCAGCCGAUGAAGGACCUCCUCGGCCGCCUCAACCUCACCUCCUUCGAUGCCGCCGCCUACAUCGACCGCGUCGCGAAGAAUGUCUCGAACCUGCCCAACAUCGCCAUCGCCGUGUCGGGAGGAGGAUACCGGGCUCUGACCAACGGUGCCGGAGCGCUGAAGGCGUUCGAUAACCGCACCGACGGCGCCACGGGCCGGGGCCAGCUCGGCGGCCUGCUGCAGUCGGCCACGUACGUGUCCGGGCUGAGCGGCGGCAGCUGGCUCGUGGGCUCGGUGUACAUCAACAACUUCACGACCAUCCAGCAGCUGCAGGCCGGCGGCGACACCGGCGACUUGUGGCAGUUCUCCACGAACAUCCUCGAGGGCCCCAAGGCCAAGCACCUGCAGCUCCUGUCGACGGCCGACUACUGGAAGCAUCUGGCGGACGCCGUCGACGGCAAACGCCAGGCCGGCUUCAAUAUCUCGCUGACGGACUAUUGGGGCCGCGCAUUGUCGUACCAGUUCAUCAACGAUCCCGCCGACCGCGGCGGGCCGGACUACACCUGGUCGUCCAUCGCGCUGACGGACAGCUUCCAGCGCGGCGAGAUCCCGAUGCCCAUCGUGGUCGCGGACGGCCGCAACCCCGGCGAGGUGCUGGUGGGCAGCAACUCGACCGUCUACGAGUUCAACCCGUGGGAGUUCGGCUCGUUCGACCCGAACAUCUUCGGUUUCGCGCCGCUCGAGUUUCUGGGCUCGCGCUUCGACAACGGCCGGCUGCCGCGCGACGCCUCGUGCGUGCGCGGCUUCGACAGCGCCGGCUUCGUCAUGGGCACCUCGUCCACGCUCUUCAAUCAGUUCAUCCUGCACCUCAACAAAACCGACCUGCCGGACGUCGUCCGCGACGCCUUCGCCCAUAUCCUCACCUCGCUCGGCCGCGACGGCGAUGACAUCGCCGUCUACGCGCCCAACCCGUUCUACGGCUACCGCAACUCCACGGCCGCCUACUCGCAGAGCCGCGAGCUCGACGUCGUCGACGGCGGCGAGGACGGCCAGAACAUCCCGCUGCACCCGCUCAUCCAGCCCACGCGCCACGUGGACGUCAUCUUCGCGGUCGACUCGUCCGCCAACACCCACUACAGCUGGCCCAACGGCAGCUCGCUGGUCGCCACGUACGAGCGCUCGCUCAACACCACCGGCAUCGGUAACGGCACGGUCUUCCCCCCCGUCCCCGACGUGAACACCUUCAUCAACCUCGGGCUCAACACCCGCCCGACCUUCUUCGGUUGCGACGCCGCCAACCUCUCCGCCCCGGCGCCGCUCGUCGUCUACCUGCCCAACGCCCCCUACUCGGCCGCCAGCAACACCUCCACUUUCCAGCUGGCGUACUCGGACGCGGAACGCGACGAGAUCAUCACGAACGGCUAUAACGUGGUGACGCGCGGCAACGGCACCGUCGACCAUGCCUGGCCGAGCUGUGUGGGCUGUGCGAUCCUGUCGCGCUCGAUGCAUCGGACCAACACGGCGCUGCCGGAGGUCUGCAACAGCUGCUUCAAGGAGUACUGCUGGAACGGCACGCUCGACUCGUCGACGCCGAAACCGUAUGAGCCGACGGCGGUGUUGGGGAAGGGUCAGGAUAAGUCUGCGGCGUCGAGGGUGGGGGUGAACUCGUUGCUAGCACUGGUUGUGAGCGUGGGCGUUUUCACCUUGAUCUAG